AGUUAAAGGAACGUGGACCACUUGUAUCUCAGUACAGUAAUGCAGUAGUUCAAGAAUAAUAUUUUUGGUCUUGAUCUAUCUCGUUGAUUACAACAUUGGUUGAUUAAUCGCGUUUGGGUGUUGUCGAUCACGUAGCGUAUAUAUCACACAUUUCUAAUGAACUUCCUUGAAUGCAACAUCGAAGAUUUCAAAGUGCGAGUAAACUGGUGCGAAGGACGAAAGUGUGAAAGCGUACACUCACCGCUACUUGCGCAGAGAAACAUAUCUUUUCGCUGUUCUCAGCGCGUUCGGAAGAUUCAUUCCAAUUAUAUUUUUAAGAAAACUCGGAUUAACUGAUCGUGAAUCCAAGGAAUGUUCUGGAGUUGACUAAUUAACAAGUACAGUGUAACUGUAACUUUUGUUUGUACGAAGAGUUUUAUGACAAGUAGAAAAAGGAACACCAGAAGAAUAAUGGAAUAGCAACAGAACCACUCUUGUUUCUAUCGCGGAAAUAUGUGAAUUCGUAUGUCACGUUUUUCUACGAUAAAUUUUACGCCUCGACCGACUGAAACACGGUCGUCGUAACCAAACUGUGGAAUCGGGUGUGAAUAGUAGUAACUGUUCGGUGGUGAACAAACACAUCAGAUUUGUCUAAUGACAGUAAAACGCGUGACUUUCAAUUUUCAAAUUCGUCCUUCUCGUUGUGGUGUGUCAAUAACUAGUUUUUUCUAUAUGUGUUUUCAAUUGUUCGCCAAAAGACCUGCAAACUUUUAGAUAUUACAUCGGCUAUGAUUGUAGCCAGUGGUGGGUGGGUACAAAAUGCUUUUCCUGCCAGACAGAGUAGUUCCAAUCUGAAUAUGAAUACUACACAGAAUAACAAAAUGACAGCCAAAGGUGUCUUACUUUGUCGUGACAGUUCUCAUCCUUUUCAAGACCGUAUGCUAACGUUAGACCAAUCUGUUAAAAUUGGUCGUUCUGUAGCAAGAGUUAGAGCCGCUAAUAAUAAUGCGAUCUUUGAUUGCAAAGUAUUAUCCAGGAACCAUGCGUUGCUGUGGUAUUCUUGUGGAAAGUUUUACCUACAAGACACACGUAGUAGUAAUGGAACAUUUGUUAAUAGUCAAAGACUUAGUGCUGCCGGUGUAGAAUCAACACCUCAGGAGGUAUGUUCGGGUGAUAUAGUGCAAUUUGGAGUAGACGUGGUAGACAAUACAAAAAAAGUUACGCAUGGAUGUAUAGUUGCGACGUUAAAAUUAUAUUUGCCCGAUGGAAAAGAGGCUAAAGCUAGUGUUAGUACAUCGGUUGGAUCGUCGACUGCAUUGUCAGCCAAUGGUGUUUCUUCUGAGGAUUUAUACAAGUUGAAUCAGGUUAUACAAGAGGCUUCAAGACGCGAAAAGGCACUUUACUCUAAGCUAGGAUAUCUGCAACAGCUUGUAGCGAAUACUCGAAAAGCUGCCAAUCAAUCAUGGAAAGCUUUAAUAACAGAGGAUCAAUUAUUAUCUUGGGUGGUAACUAUUGAAAACCAAUUGGCUGUUUAUUCCAAGAAUUAUACGGAGGAUAAGAUCAGAAAUGAAUUAGCACAACUUCAGGAAGAGAAGGCAGAAUACCAAAAUGCAGCAAAAGAGGCAUUACGAAAAGCAUUACAAGAGAAGCUGGAAGUUUCUCAGAGGCUAAUUCAAUUAGAAGGGCGUUUAAGCGAAACUGAAGAAGAGUGUCAAAGUCUUCAUAAUGUAGCGAAAUAUACUCAAACAGAACUUUUAGAAUUGAGUAGUAAAUAUACAGAAGUACAGAAAAAGCUUGAGGAAACCAUGAACCAACUUCACGAGAGCGAGGAAAAAAUGAAAGAUAUGGUACAAAACGUAGAACAAGAAAAACAAGAACUUUUAAAGAAACUUGAAGAUCAGUCUAAAAUUGAGAAAAGUCUACAAGUAAGGUUACGCAAUUCCCGAGUAGAUUCUGUUAAUAUUUAUAAACAGAUCACUGCCCUCAGAAAUUACAUGCAGAUUUUGCAAGAUAUGAAUACGAAAUUGGUAACAAGCGACAUUAUGGACAUGAAAGAUGAAGAGAAUCCUAUUGAAGCUAUUAAUAUUAUUCUUAAUAAUUUGAAUUCCAUACAUGCAAAUAUCGUGGAAAUUGAUGCAGAAACUAAUUUUUAUCCUUUAAAGGACGAACAAGAUAAUCAAAUUAAUUCGCAAGAUAUCGAUUCAAAUCAACUAAAAAAUUCUGAUACUCCCUUUACAAAAGAACAAUUGGAUGAUUCAUUCACUAAUAAUGAUAAUUUAACGGAAUAUAUUUUACCUCCACCAUCUCGAAGGACUUUAGUUAAUGGAAAUGUAAAUAUAGAUAAUUCAGAGUCUGACACUAAUUCAGACGCAACAGAUGACACAUUCAGUAUUACCAGCGACGAUACAAGCGAGAAGUCUGUUAUAGAAGUUAAAAAAGAAGAACCUAUAUAUGAUGUAGUCGAACAAAUUUGUGUUCCAUACAAAGUGGAAGUUCAAUUUACGUACGAAGAACAUGGUAAUCAACUGGAAGCCCCUCAUCAUCUUCAAGUUAUACAGAAGCCAAAGGAAAGCGAAAAAACGGAAAUUAAUGUUGAUAGUAUGAACACAAAGUCUUCGCACGAGCCUGUUAAUAUAAAUAUUCAUCAACACGAGAAGAACGACGAAACGGACAAGGACAACAAUGAAUCGCACGAAGAAUGUGAAGAGGAACAUCUAGAAGGAGAUUAUGUUAAAACAUUAAAACCAUUACCUAAAAAUGAUACGCAGCAAAAUUUGCAUACAUGGGAGUAUAUAUUACAAACUUUAAUAGGAUCAUUGGAUUCUUUAAAAGUUGAAGAUAACUUAGAAUCGCAACAAGCAGUCAGAAAGGAAUUAGAAAAUCUCAAAGAUUGGUUAAUCUGUGAACCUCACGAAGAAAUUAUUGAGAAAUUGAAAGAACUAUAUUAUUGUGCCAAGAAUGAAUCUCAAAGAAUCCAAGAACUCCACGAAGAAUUAGUUAUUUUAAAGGAAAAGUACAAUGUAUUCGUCGAAGAAAAGGCAGAACUCUCAAAAAAGUAUACAAGUCUUAAAGCACAAUGUGGUGAUUUAUUAAAUACAACCUAUAGUGUACCAAUACAUUAUGUAGCACCCAUUGUAAUUACAUUAAUAUGGAUGCUGAUGGAAAAAAUAUUUUAAUGUUUCUUUUUUGGUUUAUGUAUAUAACAUUGAUGAUUAAUUAAUACUGUAUUUCCUUUUUUAUUGGUAAUAAUAUGAUAAAAAAAUAUAAAGUUCUGAAGCAUAGUUUAUUAAAAGCUUUCAAAUAAGCGAAACAAAAGAAGGUGGUGUGUAGUUUCAACAGAAAUUCGAACAUUUUUAUACGAACAAAAUAUAUUAAGAAUUGUAUAUAUUUUUCCCAUACUGUUGUUAAAGCAUCAAUCGUGGAAAACUUCUCUAACAAAUUACGAAGGUAAAGUAGGGGUACGCGUGUGUGUUACCAUCUCAAACAAGGAACCAAAAUCAAAUUACAGCAGAAAUUUAUAGCAAUAAAUAUGUACAUAGAACAAAAUUCUAGGCUAGGGAAAAUUGUAUUAGAGGGAAUAUAGACAAUACCACGUAAAAUGUUCAACAUGCUGCCAAUCUUAAUAUCAUAUCUUCUUAAAAUAUGGUAUUAAUCUAUAUUUACGAUAUUGCACACUUUACGUCGUUAUUCUUUGUAAUCAUUUCCAACUCUGCACGUCCAACGACUCGAACGUAUUAUUAUAUAAAUUACAAAUAACGUUUACAUGCAAAGUUCGAUAUUUAUAAAAAGCUCUUUGAUUUGUCCAAUACCUUGAUAAUAUUUGUUUCAAGAUCGUUAAAGGACUCCUUAUUUUCGAGAUUGAGGAUUAUUUAUGUUCAAAACAUAAAUUGAUUCGUUCGAUUUCUAUAAAAUUUGUUUAACAUUUGAGGUCUCUGAUAGAAAGAAUACUAAGAGAUAAACGAAGUCGAAUUAUUGUACCCCGAUCAAUAAUCGUGUUAUGUGCGAUUUAGCUUUAAGUUCGUUGAUUUAAUGAAACAAUUUAUUUAAUGUUAGCAUUAAUCUAUUUUAAAUCGCAGCUGUUUUUUUUUUUUAUAAUUGUUUUGUGUACAUAUAAAAAUAAUUUGUUGAUAUAAUGUUUGAUAUUCUAUACAUUGUAUAUUGAUUUUUCAAAUUCGCGUUUUGUUAUGUACAUGCUUCGUUUUUUUUUACUGGUAGCAUAACAAUAGAAGCAUAUCCAUUUAAACGACCUAAUAAACAUUAAGAAAAAGUAACGAUACGUCUGUGCGAAAGUUUCGAAUAUAGUUCCGAUUCAAAUUGGUAUAUUAAUAAUUCUGAAGAAAUGGCCUAGAUAUGUGUCUAUUUCUAAAAAAACUCUAGUUAUACUUUUCUAUCGAUUCUUUUUAUACGAACGUAACUGAAAUUAUCUGUAUUUUAUUAAUUCUGACUAGUUUAGUUACAGUGCCAUUGCCCGAUCUAUUUCUGCCCUAUUCAGUAUGAUAAAUAUGAUCACACGUAAAAAACGAUGAGGUAUAUUCAAUUUUCCAAAAAAGAAUAUUGCAAGCGCACCGCUCGCGGACGAUUUACUUUCUUGGUAGAUUGAAGCUAUAUUAAGAUCGUGAAGGUUUAUAUAAAUAACUUAAUACUGUACAUAACAAUUGUUGAUAUAAUCUUACUACUCAUGUAAUAGUCAUUAUAUAAAAAAAAAAAUAAAAAUUAACUUAACUGAAGCUUUUUACGGUCCUUUUUUGGAAACCUGUGCUUAACUAUAGUCAAAUCAAAAUUAAGUGGCUACCCAAGGACAAUGAUAAAUUCUCUCUACCAUAUUGUUUGGCCAUUCUA